UCUGAAUUCGGCGUUCCGAGAACGAUAUGAUCGUUGGGACGAGCUCGUUAGGCGGAGAGUGCCGCACUCGCAUGGACGAGGCAUAUUGAGCCUUGUGCAUACCUCUCAGGAAUUUGCCUGUUGGAAGUUGAACAUGGGCAGGAUACGUACUAUCAUGCAAGCUAAACAGAAAAAUGCCACUGGAGAGGAGGUGCCUCGGGCCGAGGGGCAAGACGAGGAUCCUCGAGACGACACGGAUUAACAUCCUUGCAACCCUACAUCCUCAGUCGUACCGUUGCAUGGAGCCCAAUGGCUCACGGCCGUAAUGCGGGUCGAGCCUAUGUCGCUGGUGUCGGGGAAGGCAUUCACACCCACUCAUGAUUACAUUGAUCUUGCAUAAUUGCACGGAUGACAGUCUGUAUUGUGCUCCAGACAGACAUUUUAUCGUCAAGGAACGGGGUCUCGUCGAUGCUGGAUGCGUCCAAGUGUAUUCGGGCACUGCGUCUGUCAAACGUACACUUGUAUUCGUCAUAGUCAACACGCAACCCCAUGUUUACCACGAGCAGCUUGGUACAUGCAGUGGAACCAUAAACGGGAAAGCUAAGUGUUGGCGAGGGGACCAUGAUGAAGUACACUGUACACACGAUCGCAGGUCCAUCACCGUCAGUGCCGCUGUGGUUGCCACCCGAGUCGCUCAGGCAGCGACUGCCACUGUCGUGGUUCAAUACGGGCUCGUUUGGGCUCGCAAAACGUCUCCUGCGGUCGAGGAAGACGCAUGUCCGAGCCAAAUAGUCACCGUUCCGGUAGCGUCCCCCCACCUCUCGUGUCAGGUCGUCCCAGUCGGCUUACCCGGCAGGUCCGUCCCUCGCCGCCGCUCGACGGUGGUGCACACGUACGCACAGCCAGAACGUCUCUCAAGAAACAGGGACUCCCGCGCGUACCAUUGGUCGCCCGCGAUGAAGCACGGCGCGACAGCUGGUCCGGACAGCCUACUUAUCCCCACUUCCGGUGUUCACCCGGUCAGGACUAUCGAACCCUGACCUCCUCGCUAUAACUCACUACUUACA